GCACAAAAAUACGCGCAUAUGAAUGUGCUAAAUAAAAAAGCAGAUGGAUAAUAUGACAUCCAAUUCAGUUAUUAAAGAUAAUGACAAAGAUCAUUUUGAUGAUGUAUUUGAUCUGGACGAGCUUUUACCUAUUCUCGGAGAAUUUGGUAGAUAUCAAAAACAAUUGCUGUGGUUUAUAUGCUUACCGGCUUGCUUACCCUGUGGAUUUUGUGCUUUUAAUCAAUUAUUUAUGUCAAAUACACCUUCUCAUUGGUGUAGAAUACCUGAACUUGAAAAUUUAAAUGCAACAACAAGAAAAAGCAUAGCUAUACCCACUAUUGGGAAUUUUAAUAAUACAUAUAGCCAAUGUACAAGAUACGAUAUUAAUUGGACAGAUGUAUUAUUGACGUCGUCUAUAGAUUCAAUAUUUUCAAACGAUACUUUGUCAAUUAUACCAUGUGACAAAGGAUGGGAAUAUAAUCAAUCGGAAGUAUCUUCAUCUGUUGUAAUUGAGUUUGAUUUAGUUUGUGAUUAUGAAAUUUAUCCAACACUGGGUUUGGUCGCCCUUAACGCUGGAGGACCAGUCGGUGUAUAUAUGUUCGGAAAUUUAAAUGAUAGACUUGGACGACGAUUAUCAUUUUUUAUUUGUCUUGGUACACUUAUCAUUGGUGCUUGCUUGACAGCUGUAACGAAUAAUUUUUGGAGCUGGGCUGUAACACGUACCAUUGUAGGAUUAACGAUACCAGCUAUAUAUCAAAUUCCAUUUAUUAUAUCUCUUGAAUUAGUUGGACCGAACUAUCGUUCUUUUGUUACUGUAUUAACAUGCACAUUUUACACAAUUGGUUUAUGCAUGUUAGCUGGUGUAACCUAUUAUAUACGCAACUGGAGACUGUUAGCUUUGGUAACUAGUUUACCAUUUUCUAUAUACUUUUUAUAUUGGUGGUACUUGCCAGAAUCUCCAAGGUGGUUACUUGCAAAAGGUCGUUUAGAGGAAGCAAAUCAAGUGUUGCUUAUUUUGGCCCGUACUAAUGGUAAAGAAUUACCAGUUUUUUUUUGUGAAAAAGUACAGAAACAUAUCGAGCACCAACAGUCUCAUAACCAAAAAGAUAAAAUUGAUGGUCCAAACAUUCUUUCUCUUUUUAAAACUCCGAAUAUGCGUCUGAAAACAUGUCUAAUAACAUUAAAUUGGUUUGCUAAUAAUAUGGUUUAUGUUGGAUUAUCUUAUUACGGCCCAACAUUAGGUAAUGAGGAACAUCUUAGUUUCCUUUUUUCUUCACUUGCUGAAAUUCCAAGUUACAUAGCGUGUUGGAUUGUGAUGGAUCGCUGUGGCCGUCGUUGGCCAUUAUGCUUUUGCAUGGUUAUAGCAGGUCUAUCGUGUGUGACCACAGUUUUAUUACCACCAAAUGCUGUUGUAUCGACUCUUGUUUUAUUUUUAUUGUCUAAAUCAGCGAUUUCUGCAUCAUUUCUUAUUAUUUAUCCUUUUGCUGGAGAAUUAUAUCCAACACAAUUAAGAGGAAUUGCUAUAGGAUUUUCAGCAUAUGUUAGUGGCUUAGGUUUGAUAAUUAUACCAUUCAUAACAUAUUUGGGAAAAGAUAAUUUAAUUUUACCCUUAGUGAUAAUGGGUAUUGUCUCCGUAAUCGGAGGUGUAUCUGGAUUAAGGCUGCCGGAAACACUUCAUCAACGAUUGCCUCAAACAAUAGAGGAAGGAGAAUUAUUUGGAAAUGAGUGGAUUAGUCAAGACUGCUUUCGAUUUAAACCCUCUAGGUAUCUGUACUAA